CGGGAGGCUGUUGAGGCGCCGCGGCGGCCAGUGCGAAGAGCGGCGGGCGAGAGAGAGGAGAGCCCGCGGAGCGAGGGGGAAGCCGGCUGGCUCGGGUUGGCCUCCCGGGUUGUGAUCCCCCGGGUGGAACCAUGCGGGUGGCCAAGUGGCUGGCGGGGCUGCUGUACCAGCUCUCGCUCUUCAUCACCAGGUCUUGGGAAGUUCACUUCCACCCCAGGCAAGAAGCGCUGGUGAGGACUCUGGCCUCCUACGAAGUGGUGACCCCUGCGCGGGUCAAUGAGUUCGGCGAAGUGUUCCCUCAGAGCCACCACUUCAGCCGGAGGAAGCGUAGCUCGGAGGCGCUGGAGCCCACGCCGUUCAGGACCCACUACCGAAUUAGCGCCUACGGGCAGCUCUUCCAGCUGAACCUGAGCGCGGACGCGGCCUUCCUGGCGGCUGGUUACACCGAGGUGCACUUGGGAGGCCCCGCUCCCGGGGCGGAGGAACGCAGCGGGGUGCCUCCAGACUUGCGCCACUGCUUCUACCGCGGCCAGGUCAAUGCUCACGAGGAUCAUACAGCUGUCUUCAGCCUCUGUGGAGGCCUGAUGGGAACAUUUAAAGCACAUGAUGGUGAAUAUUUCUUAGAACCUAUAAUGAAGGCAGAUGGGAGUGAACACGAAGAUAAUCAUAACAAGCCACAUCUUAUAUACAGACAGGAAUUAAAGAGGGACUAUUUUCUGCAUUCUCAUAAGCCUUGUGAUGUUUCAGAAAGUCAAAUAAAGAAAACCACUAUACCCUUUCAUAACUACAGCAACAUGAAUGAAGAUCUUAAUAUAAAGAAGGAAAUAGUUUUCGGAUACACUUCAAAAAAUACAUCACUGGAAAAUGAAAGAAGUCAAUUACAUUACAGGAAAAAACGAUUUUUAUCGUAUCCAAGAUACGUGGAAGUUAUGGUUACAGCUGAUGCUAAAAUGGUGCAUCAUCACGGACAGAAUUUGCAGCACUACGUACUAACUCUGAUGUCAAUUGUUGCAGCAAUCUACAAGGACUCAAGUAUCGGAAAUCUUAUAAACAUAGUAAUUGUAAAAUUAAUUAUAAUUCAUAAUGAACAGGAAGGACCAGUUAUCAGUUUUAAUGCAGCUACCACGUUACGCAACUUUUGUUUAUGGCAACAAACACAGAAUGUUCUUGAUGAUGCUCACCCUUCCCACCAUGAUACUGCUGUGCUUAUCACUAGGUACAAAGAGCUUUUGAAUUUAUUUGGUUUAGCAGAAUUAGGUACCAUGUGUGAGCCUUUACGGAGCUGCUCUAUUAGUGAAGAAAAUGGACUCAGUGCAGCUUUUACCAUAGCCCACGAGCUCGGGCACGUCUAUGACCACGAAACCAGGAGCUUUAAACAAUGCAGGCGUCUCUGGUGCACCAGUGCUGAAGGAGUUCACAAGGGCUGUCGCACUCAACACAUGCCACUGGCAGACGGAACAAACUGUGGUCCUGGGAUGCAUUGCCACCAUGGGCUAUGUGUAAACAAAGAAAUGGAAACACGUCCUGUAGAUGGUGAAUGGGGACCAUGGGGACCUUACAGUUCUUGUUCAAGAACAUGUGGAGGUGGAAUCAAAAGCACAACCAGGCUCUGUAAUCGCCCCGAGCCAAGAAACGGAGGAAAGUACUGUGUGGGCCGCAGGAUGAAAUUUCGAUCAUGUAAUACUGAUUCAUGUCCAAAAGGCAAGCAAGACUUUCGUGAGAAGCAGUGCUCUGAUUUUGAUGGUAAACAUUUCAACAUCAAUGGUCUUUCCCCUAAUCAAGCUGGCUGUGAUCAUGUGUUAAACUCCAAGGCCAGGAGAGACAAAUGUGGAGUGUGUGGUGGGGACAACUCCUCAUGUAGGACAAUGGCAGGGGUCUUCAACAGCGCUCACUAUGGUUAUAACGUUGUUGUAAAGAUUCCCACAGGAGCAACAAACAUUGAGAUUCUUCAGCACAGCUAUUCUGGAAGACCUGAAGAUGACAAUUACCUUGCAUUAUCUGACACUCACGGGAACUUCCUUUUGAAUGGAAAUUUUGUUGUAAGUAUGUCCAAGAAAGAAAUCAACAUACAAGGAGCUAUUUUUGAAUACAGUGGUUCGAACAACUCAAUUGAAAGAAUUAACAGUACUGAUCGGCUACAAGAAGAACUUAUUUUGCAGGUUUUGUGUGUGGGCAAUUUAUACAACCCUGAUGUACAUUAUUCCUUCAAUAUCCCUGUGGAAGCGAAGAGCGACCUGUUCACAUGGAAUCCUUACGGACCAUGGCAAGACUGCACCAAGAUGUGUCAAGGUUUUCAUAGAAGAAAAAUGACCUGCAUACGUAAGAGUGAUCAUAUGGUAAUGUCCGAUCAAAGAUGUGACCACCUGCCACUUCCCUUGUUUGUGACUGAAAGGUGCAAUAUAGACUGUGACCUAAGGUGGCACAUCAUUGGCAAAAGUGAAUGUUCAUCCCAUUGUGGUCAAGGAUAUAGGUCCUUGGACGUCCACUGCAUGAAGUAUUCCAUUCAUAAAGGACAGACUGUUCCAGUGGAUGACCACUACUGCAGUGACCAACUGAAACCUCCCACUCGAGAACCCUGCCAUGGUGACUGUGUCUUAACAAGGUGGCACUAUUCAGAAUGGUCCCAGUGUUCCAGGAGCUGUGGAGGAGGGGAGAGAUCUCGAGACGCUUACUGUAUAAAUAACUUUGGCCACCGUCUUGCUGACAGAGAAUGCCAAGAGCUUCCCCAAGUGACAAUUGAGAAUUGCAAUGAAUUUUCCUGUCCCACUUGGGCUACUAGUGAGUGGAGUGAGUGUCUUGUUACAUGCGGAAAAGGGACAAAGCAGCGGCAGGUGUGGUGUGAACUGAAUGACGAUCAUUUGAGCGAUGGCUUCUGUAACCCAAGUGCCAAACCUGAAUCCCUGAGGCCCUGUGAGCUGCAUACAUGUGCUUCGUGGCAAGUAGGACCAUGGAGUUCUUGCACAGCCACCUGUGGACAUGGGUAUCAGAUGCGUGCUGUUAAAUGUGUCAAUGAGCUUCUCAGUGCAGUGUUAGAUGACAGGAUGUGCCAUGGAGUGGGUCGCCCUAGUGACAGGCAGGACUGUAUAGUGACACCUUGCCCAAUUCUCCCUAAAAUUGGGGCCACUUCAUUACCAGUUGUUCCCAUAGGAAAGAUGGCACAAUGGCGACAUGGUUCUUGGACCCCAUGCUCCGCAUCUUGUGGAAGAGGUAGUCAAGCCCGCUAUGUCAGCUGUCGCGAUGCUCACGAUGGAAUAGCAGACGAAUCAUUCUGUGCCCAUUUACCUCGACCUGCUGAAAUAGCUGUCUGCUUUAGCCCUUGUGGGGAGUGGCAAACAGGGAAUUGGUCACCUUGUUCAGCUUCCUGUGGCCAUGGAAAAACAACUCGACAAGUUUUAUGCAUCAAGUACCAUCAGCCAAUUAAUGAGAAUUACUGUGACCCUGAAGUCCGCCCUUCAAUAGAACAAGAAUGUAAUGUGGCAGCCUGCCCACUCACGUACAGCAACUUCCCGAGUUCCUCUGAGCAGCCAAAUCGUUUUCCAGGCAGGAAUUUUCCAUUAACUCACAAACCAGAAGAUAAUCAAAAUCAGGGGGUCCAUCCGUCAAUCAGAGGAAACCAAUGGAGAACAGGACCAUGGGGAUCAUGCUCUAGCAGUUGUGCUGGAGGCGUUCAGCGGAGAGCUGUGGUCUGCCAGGAUGAAAAUGGAGAAAGCGCCCGUCACUGUGAUGCAGCCUCCAAACCACCCGAGUCAAAACACUGUGAUUCAGGACCUUGUCCACGGUGGAACUACGGAAGCUGGGGAGAAUGUACACAAACAUGUGGAGGAGGAAUAAAAUCAAGAUUUGUAAUAUGUCAAUUUCCCAAUGGUCAAAUGUCACAGGAGCAAAACUGUGAAAUUUUAAACAAGCCACCUAGUGUGGUUCAAUGUCAUGUGCAUGCUUGCCCCGAUGAUGUGUCAUGGCAUCGGGGACCAUGGAAAUCGUGUUCAGCUUCUUGUGGUAAAGGUUUAAAGUACCGUGAGGUGCUUUGUAUUGACCAAGUCCAAAGGAAAUUAGAAGAAAAAUAUUGCAGUCAUCUACAGAAACCUCGAACUCACAAAGCUUGUAGAUCUGUCAGAUGCCCUUCAUGGAAAGCCAACAGGUGGAAGGAGUGCUCUGUCACCUGCGGCUCUGGACGUCAGCACAGGGAUGUGUACUGCAGGCUGAGAGGUGUUGGUCGGGUGGCUGAAGAAAUGUGUGACCAGUCCACCCGGCCGUAUUUUCAGAGGCAAUGCUGGCGUCAGGACUGCACACAGUACCAGUGGGCGGCCGGAGAGUGGCUGGAUUGUUCGACAUCAUGUAAGAAAAAAGAGACACAUCGGCAAGUGAGGUGCCUUGAUGCUCAAAACAUUCAAGUGAAUGAAAGUUUCUGUGAUCCUUCCACCAGACCUCUUUCAACCAGGAAAUGCAGGAACCCUCCCUGCAAGUAUAUUGUGGUGACAGCAGACUCAUCUCAGUUGCAUUUACUUGUCCUUGAAGGUAAAACAUUUACCAGCUGCAAAGCAAUCCAACAGCAAAACAACAUUACCAAGGAUGGUGACUAUUACCUUAACGUUAAGGGAAGAAUAAUAAAGAUCUAUUGUGCAGGCAUGCACAUGGAGAAUCCCAAGGAAUAUAUAUCAUUGGUCAAAGGUGAAGAAGACAACUUUUCCGAAGUAUAUGGUUUUAGACUACAAAAUCCAUAUGAAUGUCCUUUUAAUGGAAGUAGGAGGCAAGACUGUGAAUGUAAAAAUGACUACCUGGCUGCUGGGCACACUGUUUUCAGCAAAAUAAGAAUUGAUCUCACUUCUAUGCAAAUUAAAA